AUGUGCUCCAGAUCAAGUGCCCAUGACCGAGAAGCACCUGGACCCGAGGGCGUAGAAGUCAAACGUGGCGAAUACAAAAAGAUGGGCCUUUAUGACUUCGUCAGGAGAGAUAUUGAACGCUUUCAUGCUCACCCGGAAUGUUUGGGGUACCUCGCAUUUGCAUUUUCUCUCAAUUUGUCAACAACAGGUUCCGCCGCUGGAGUUGGCAGUGGGGAUUUUCACAUAUAUCGUGGUAUUCGCCGCCGAGAGUAUGCUCGUCUCGAAGCUAUCGAACAGUCUGCCGAAGAGGAGCGCUUGAAUCAAGAGUUUCAAGAAAGACAGAGACAGUUAGAUGCGCUAGCUGAGGCAAAAACAGCCAGACGGCGUAUGAAGCGUCAGAAGAAAAAACUCAAGCGACUAAACAAGCGAACCCAGUUGAAAACAACGGACUCCAAUGAAAAGGUUGAAUCUGGUUCGGACUCGGAAGACUCACAGCAUGCAGAUUAA